GCAAGGGUGGCACUGGGGGGGGGCUGAGCUGUCCCCGGGGAGGGACAGACCCUCCAGCACGGCCGUCCCCCCAGCAGGUGCCACAAGGCUGAGCCUGGAGCCACCAUGAAGAGCCUGAGGGCCAAGUUCAAGAAGGGAGACAGCCAGGACUGGACCAAGAACGACGAGAAGCUCCUGCAGGCCGUGGACUACAACGAUGCCGGGCGGGUGACGUCGCUCCUGGUCCGCAAGGGCCUGGUGCCCACCAAGCUGGACUCGGAGGGCAAAUCCGCGUUCCACCUGGCUGCCACCCGGGGCAACGUGGACUGCCUGGAAGCCAUGCUGGCCCACGGCGUGGAUGCCAUGACCAAGGACAGCUCGGGUUCCACUGCCCUGCACUUGGCCUCCAAGCACGGGCACCCUCAGUGUGUCAGCAAACUGCUGCAGGCCUCCUGCCCUGUGGAUGUGGCCGAUGGCAGCGGCCGGACCGCGCUGCACCUGGCAGCCGUCAGCGGCUGCAUCUCCUGCUCCGAGAUCCUCUGUGACUUCAAGGCUCCCUUGAACAUCAAGGACAAGGACGGCUCCACCCCGCUGAUCCUGGCUGCCAAGAUGUGCCACUCGGAGCUGUGCCGGUACCUGCUGCACCGCGGGGCGGCCGUCAACAGCCGGGACCUGCAGGGCAGGACAGCCCUGAUGCUGGCCUGUGAGAGCGGCAGCGUGGAGACGGUGGAGGUGCUGGUCAACGCCGGCGCCCGCGUGGCCGUGGUCGAUGCCACGGGCCACGACGCCGCUCACUACAGCCUGGCCACGGGCAAUGCCCUCAUCCAGCACUUCCUGCAGGAGGCUGCUCAGCGCCGCUCCUGGGCCAGUGAAGAGGAGUCAACUGAGCAGACAUCCCAGACCUCUUCACCCAGCCAGUCGUCCGUCAGGGAGAAGAGCAGCACCCCGAGAAAGAGGAAGGCCCCUCUGCCUCCUCUGGGCACCGUCAGCCAGGAGGACCGGGAUGCCUACGAGGAGAUCGUGCGGCUGCGGCAGGAACGGGCCCAGUUCCUGCAGAAGAUCCGGGGCUUGGAGCAGCAGGAGAAGCAGCGACGGGAGAGGGCAGAGCUGGACGAGGGCUCCCUGCGCUCCAUGGAGAAGCAGAUCCAGGAGCUGGAGGAGAAGCUAGCGGCCCGGGAUGGGGAGAAGGAGAGGCUGGGCAAGGAGGUGGAGGCUCUGCGGAGCCGCCUGUCCUCGCUGGAGGAAGCGCUGCUGGAGCGCUGCGGGCGGGCCGAGGCCGAGGCCGAGGCGCUGCGGCGGGAGCUGGAGGCCAAGGCGCCGGGAGCGCCGCGGCAGGAGGAGGAGACGGCACAGCUGGCAGAGCUGCGGGACGCCCUGGCGCGCCGGGAGGCCGAGCUGGGCAGGCUGCGGGAGCAGCUGGCGGCGCGGCCCGUGGGGCGGCAGGAGCACGAGGAGGCCCUGGCGCGGCUGCGGCGGGCGCGGGACGAGGGCUGGGUGCCUCGGGACGAGCACGCCCGCGCCACGGCCGCGCUGGAGGAGCAGGCGCGGGCGCUGCGGGAGCGGCUGGCGCAGCUGGAGGCCGAGGCCGAGGCCAAGGGGCGCGAGGCGGCCCGGCUGGAGGCCCGGCUGGCCGAGGCCGUGCCGCGCGCCCAGCACGAGGCGGCGGCGGCCGCGCUGCGGGACGAGGCGGCGGCGCUGGGGCGGCGGCUGGAGGAGCUGGGCCGGCGGCACGAGAGGACGUGCGAGGAGGUGUUCAGGGUGCAGCGCCAGGCGCUGUUCAUGAAGAGCGAGCGCCAGGCGGCCGAGGACAGGCUGGUGGCGGCGCAGAAGCAGCUGGAGGAGGCGCGGGACGAGGCGCGGCGGCUGCGAGAGCUCCACAGCCACGCCGAGGAUGCGGCUCGGCUGGUCAGGGAGAGGGACAGGAAGAUCACUGAGCUCUCCAAGGAGGUUUUCAGGCUGAAGGAAGCCCUGAACGCCCUGCCUGAGCCGGGGGGGCCACCACAGUCACCCCCCAACACCACAGCGCUCCAGGACAGGAUCCGUGCGCUGGAGGAGAAGCUGCAGGAGACAGAGAGGCGGCACAGCAAGGUGGUGACGCUGUACCGGAGCCACCUGCUCUACGCAGUGCAGGGCCACAUGGAUGAGGACGUGCAGAGGCUCCUGUGCCAGAUCCUGAGGAUGCAGCAGCUGCAGGAGCAGAGCAGAUGAGCCCCCGCCAGCACGGCAGUGCCAUGGGGGGUGGUGGCACUGCCGGUGACACGGGGUGGGGACAGGUCUGUCACAGCACCCUCUGUGCCCCUUUGCUUGCCCUGUCACUGGCACCCACCCCCCACACCCCCCCCAGGACCCCGCUGCCCCCCAGCCCAGCA